AUGAGCACGCACUUCUUUGCUCUUCUAUUCCUAACAUUUGGACUGCUCAACGCAGAUCCAUGUAUGGAUUGUGUGGGCUCUGGAGAGCAGUGAGUUCGUCAAUGGUUCCGUAAUGCUCACAAUGAUUCAUUCAGAUGGUGCGUGGAGUCAUCCGAAUGUAAUAAAACCAUCAGCUCGUGCGCGACUCUCAUCAAAGUAGUUGCCUGACUUUCAAGCACUCAUCAACUAACGUGUCAUUCGCUUCAGCUUCCUCUAAAUUGUCCAUCUCUGCCCGAUCCGAAGAACGCGUACGACGACAAUUUCAUGCGAACGCAGCAAAUGGUCAUAACGACGGCGACUCAGUGCUCGAAUCCGCAGCUUUGUUUCGAGUGAGUUUCACCCCUGAAAUUGUGUUAAACGUAGUGCCAAUUCGUCACUGAUAAGAUGAUUAUGACUUGGUUUGUUUCCAGCAAUCAAAUACCGACAAUGAAAUUGUAUCAGCGAAGAACGGCCAACUGCUCCACUCAUUUUUCCGGUCAGUUCGUUCGAAAUUGUUGCCGCCGAUUGAGCGCAAAGUUUAGACGUGACAUGCGUCGGAUACACGGCUUUUGAUGUUACGCAGAAAGCAAUUGUGAUCGCAUUCAAAGGGGCGCACGGACGCGAUCAGAUAGAACUACUUUUAGAGGAAGUGGCGAGAUAGUGAGUCGCGCGAGAAUGAGGUGGAAACGAGUCUCCUUUUCAGCGGAAUGAAAUCGUAUUUCAACAACAACGCAAAGAUAUUCAUCGUGAUUUACGAUUGGUUUAUGCUUCUCUGGAACGGAGGAAUGAGCAAGGAUCUGCGAGAACUCAAGUACAAGUAUCCCGAUUUUGAGCUGUGGGUGAAUGGACAUUCCCUCGGCGCGGCCCUCACUUGGACCGCCUCUUCGUUUAUCGCAACUAGCGGUCUCUACAAACCCGAGCAGAUGAAAGUGGUCGCGCUGGGAGCGCCAAGGCUCGGGGACUACAAUUUCGCCGUUUGGCACUCUGCUACGGUACGUUCCCUGAUGGGGAAACGGGUUUGAUCAGUUCAAUUACUCUCAGUUUCCCUACUGCUAUCACAUUGUUCAUCGACUCGAUUCGGCCACUCGAUUUCCGUCCAUCGAUCCACAUUCACUAACAAAAUUGUAUCAUCCGAGAACCGAAGUUUGGUAGGAAUUAGUUCUCUCUCUCUCUCUCUCAAAUCAUGCUUUUUUGCCAGGUACGACAAUUACAUGAAUGUCAGCGAUCCGUACACUAUUUGUGAAGAGUCCGACGGUGAUUACUGCAGCGAUGCGGUCACGACAGGCUUGAUCGGCAUCGAUCAUCUCUACUACUUCAACAUCAAUAUUCCGGAUUGGGGGCGAGAUGGUUGCCCGAAGAAUAGCAGUGAUUACGCUCAAUCUUAA